AUGAUAUUAAAUUAUGAUGAAACCAAACUUUAUACAGGUGAAAAUGAUUCAAUAAGUGUUUUGGAUGUUGAUUUUCAAAAUUAGAAAUUAGAUUUUAAUUAAAGUUUGCCAGCUAAGAAAAUUUAUAGUAUAAGUUUAAAUGAAGAAGAAACAUUUUUGGCUACUUGUUGUGUUGAUAAAUCAAUACAUUUAUGGGAAAUAAAAUGCAAAACUAUAGAACUAUAUUAAAUUAUUAAAACACAUUAACUUGGAUAUAAUUUAUGCUUUAUCAAACAUACUUAAUUUAUUUGGUUACCUGCAGAACAACAUAAAAUAAACUGUAUCUAUGUAUAUGAUUUAUAAAAUGGUGAAUUUUAAUUGCAAGAAGAUAAAAUAAUUCAUUUACUAUAAGAUGAUACUUGUUUUGAUAGUUUCUUAUUCCCAAUAGUAAUUAAUAAAGAAAGAAACAUUAUUGCAGUUAGACAUAAAGUUACUGUAUAUUUGAUACAAGUAUUUUAAAAUGGUAAAUAUAAAAUUAUAACUCAUAAAAAUUUAAAAACAGAUGAAAUUUAUGGAACAAUGACAAAUAAUGGAACUGCAUUAAUUUUAUGGGAUAAUUUAAGUAGGAAAUAUUAGAUAUUUGAUAUUGAAAUCUAAUGA